AUGGCGAAGUUGCAGGCCACCAUGAAGGCUGUAAAGUGUCCAACAGAUGAAUUGUCCUUGACCAAUAGAGUCAUCGUCAGUGACAAGGACUUUGAUGAGAAAACUGUCAGCCAUGUUGAAAUUCACUCCUCACCUGGCAAGUCCUUUGUAUUCACUAUCAAGACCUUCCCUCGUAUGUCCCAAGGCACGAUGGGCUUCAAUUUACCACAGAGGAAAUGGGCUUCUAUCUCACUCAGCCAGGAGCUGUCGGUCAAACCAGUCAAAUUUAAUCCACGCACUGACAGUAUUGGAACAAUAACCCUGGAGAUAGAUUUCCUGCAGCAGAAGAUGGCUAAUUCUGACCCAUAUGAUUCAGACAAGAUGGCACAGGAGUUUCUUAUGCAGUUUGCCAACCAAGCUUUCACUGUAGAUCAGUUCCUGGCGUUUAGCUAUGCUGAAAAAAAGAUGCUUGGGGUCUAUAUAAAGGAAAUUGAAGCCAAUGAUUUUACCCAAAUGAAAGAUGGGGCUCCUACAUCGAAAAAGACUAACCUUGGAGUGUUGACGCCCAAUACUGUUGUCCUGUUCGAAAAGGCUGAAAACUCUACACUUCAUCUUACUGGAAAAGCCAAAACAAAACAAGCUCACACAUCCAUAAUCAAUCCUGACUGGAACUUCCAGAAGAUGGGCAUUGGUGGUCUGGACAAUGAAUUCUCCGCUAUCUUCAGACGAGCAUUUGCAUCCAGAGUGUUCCCCCCAGAAGUCAUAGAACAACUAGGUAUGAAACAUGUCAAAGGAAUACUCCUGUUUGGGCCUCCGGGAAAUGGAAAGACACUAAUGGCCAGACAAAUAGGAAACAUGUUGAAUGCCCGGGAACCCAAAAUUGUAAAUGGCCCUCAGAUUUUGGACAAAUACGUUGGAGAGUCUGAAGCCAAGAUUCGGAACUUGUUUAAGGAUGCAGAGGAAGAAGAGAAGAGAUGUGGACUACACAGCGGAUUACAUAUUAUCAUCUUUGAUGAGAUCGAUUCCAUCUGUAAAUCCCGAGGAUCUGUGGCUGGUAACACAGGUGUCCAUGAUACUGUAGUAAACCAACUCCUGGCUAAGAUAGAUGGUGUAGAACAACUCAACAACAUUCUGGUCAUUGGGAUGACCAAUCGUAAGGAUAUGAUUGACGAGGCUCUAUUACGACCAGGCAGACUGGAGGUACAGAUGGAAAUAGGUCUUCCUGAUGAGAAGGGCCGUAAUCAGAUAUUACAGAUACACACAACUACAAUGAGGGAGAACAACAAACUAGCUCCAGAUGUCAACAUUCCAGAACUGGCUGUUCUCACGAAAAAUUUCAGUGGGGCAGAGAUAGAGGGACUGGUCAGGUCGGCGCAGUCUACAGCCAUGAACAGAUUAAUCAAGGCUACUUCAAAAGUUGAAGUAGACCCAGAAGCCAUGGACAAAUUGUGUGUGACAAAGAUUGACUUUAUCCAUGCCUUGGAGAAUGAUAUUAAACCGGCCUUUGGUAGCAGUAAGGAAGAGUUUGAGAAGUAUGUAUCUAAUGGUAUAAUUAACUGGGGAGAGCCAGUGAAUCGGGUCUUAGAGGAUGGAAAUCUGUUGAUUGCCCAGACCAAAGCCAGCCAGACCACGCCAUUAGUCACUGUUUUAUUGGAGGGUCCCCCUGGAAGUGGGAAGACCUCUCUAGCUGCCACCAUUGCUAAAACCUCAGACUUUCCCUUCAUCAAGAUUUGUUCCCCAGAAAAUAUGAUAGGUUUUACUGAAACAGCAAAAUGUCAAGCCAUUAAAAAGAUAUUUGAUGAUGCCUACAAAUCUCCACUAAGUUGUAUCAUUGUGGACGACAUAGAAAGACUGCUAGAUUAUGUACCAAUUGGUCCAAGGUUUUCUAACCUAGUACUACAGGCACUUCUGGUGUUACUGAAGAAACCUCCACCUCACGGCCGGAAGCUGCUGGUGAUCGGAACAACAAGUCGUAAAGAUGUACUGAAGGAGAUGGAGAUGGCUAGCACUUUCUCCACCAUUGUCCAUGUGUCCAACAUCUCAAAUGCUGACCAUCUACUGAGUGUAUUGGACAAUACUGAACUCUUCAACAAAGAUGAGAUGCAUACUGUUCAAUGCAAAAUUGCAGGAAAGAGUACUUAUGGAAAUGGCAAAACAGGUAAACUAUGA